UUAAAGAUAUAAAUGUCGUGCUUGCUAAUCAUGAUGAUAUACCAUUAAGUGACGAUUAACUCGAUCUUUCGUCAUCGCAAGACCAAUAUACAGAAGUGUUUAUGAUUUCACAUAUACCAUAACAUUCCCACAAACGUGAUAGAACCGACACGGGGAACCGAGAUUACAUUACAUUCCCACAACGUAGUAACACUAACAACGAGAGUUAAUCAUUACAUUUCCCUGUAUUAACUGCAUCAGUCUUAUUGGAAAAAGUCUUAAUAUAUAUUUCAGUGAUACAUUUGUUGGGGGAAUACUAUGAUUAUAUUUGUACAAUACAAUGAAAGACAAUAUAUCCUAUGACUGACACGACAGAAGUCCGCUUAUAAUUGACACAAUUAUUGCGAACCUCCAGGUUUAUGUUCCAUAAAAUCAUCGAACGUUUAAUAGUCCGGGAACUUCUGUGUAAGCCUAACAAGACUUUACAUUAUCUCAAGAGCAAAUUAAGAAAUUAUUGUUUUUCUAUAUCUAUAUUUACAUUUUCCGUUUGACAAUUGAUAAUUAAUUUAAAUGAAUAUUCAUAGAAUGAUAUAAACAAUGCAAAUCAAUGAAUGAGGAAAAUGAGAAGUUAUCGAUCUGUAAAAAUCUCAUUAAUUUGAAGGUACUUCUUGGAGGAACACAUUUCGCAGUAUACAAGAUAGUAAAUAACAACGAAAAGAUACAGAGAGAAAAAUCAUGACUGAUACUAACAUUACGGUUGAACUCUUAAAAACCAUACUGAACACAUCUAUGACUACCCCACCGUACAGACAGAGACCGACACGUUUUGAUGCGAGCGGAGAAGUACGGAUAUCUCUUCAUGCUAUUAUAUUUUUGUUAUCAGUCAUAGGAAAUGUGUUGGUUAUCUUGACAUUAAUUCAAAAUCGUCGGAUGAGAACAGUGACAAAUGUUUUUCUGUUAAAUCUGUCCAUUAGUGACCUGUUGUUGGCCGUAUUCUGUAUGCCGUUUACUCUGAUUCCAUCACUUCUGAGGAAUUUCAUCUUUGGAGAAGUAAUGUGUGUCCUUAUUCGCUACUUGCAAGCUGUCUCUGUCUGUGUUAGUUGUUAUACACUUGUUGUUAUUUCCAUGGAACGUUUCUUCGCCAUUUGCUACCCACUACGGUCAAGAAGGUGGCAGACACUGUCCCAUGCGUAUAAAUCUAUAAUUGGAAUAUGGAUUUUUGCACUGGUCUUAAUGAUACCUAUAGCCGCUGGACAAGAAAUUUUACCACUUAAAAAUGGAAAUAAAGCCUGCCGAGAGAUAUGGUCGACGAAACUGAAAUCAUUAUUUUUUGCAUAUAGCAUCGCCCUAGUCGUGAUUUUACUGUUUAUUCCAAUACUGGUGAUGGGAUUAGCGUAUGGAGGCAUAUCGUAUAAGCUUUGGUUUACUAUUAAACAACAAGUACAGAUAAAGUCAGAGUCUACUGACAGAAUUUUAAACGUGAACAGCGAAUCUGAAUCAAACUUUAAGAAGAUUAAUGGAACAAUUAGCAUAAGUUUACGUCAGUCUAACCAGCGUUCCAGCAACAGUAACAGGAAACGAGUCAUAAAGAUGUUGUUUGUCGUUGUUUUUGAAUAUUUUAUCUGCUGGUCGCCAUUGUAUAUAUUGAACACAUGGAAAAUUAUCGACUAUAUGUAUAUACACAUGCGCAUGUCCGAACUAGCCUGGUCUCUGGUUUUGCUGUUAUCGUACACAUCAUCCUGUAUACAUCCUAUCACCUACUGUUUUAUGAACAAGAAUUUCAGGAAAGCCUUUAAAGGAGUGUUCCGUUGCUGCACAUUAAAAUCUAAACCAAUAAGUAGAUCUUGUACAGAAGUAAGUCAGCUGAACUCUACCACUUCCCCUAUGGACAGACAAAGAACGAAAGAUGAUGUGUAUAAAGAGUUUAGUGAUUAAGUACGAUUUUCAUUGUUCGGGACACAUACUAUCGAUAUCAAUAUUGGACCAAGUUGGUAAAUUUAAAAUGUAGAUACAAAAUCAAGCUCAUUUGAGCAAACCAUCUUUUAUAACUCCUGCUGCAGUAAAAUAUAUUUUUGAAAACCAGAGAUUCAUUAUAUAUGGCACUAAGUUAAAGCUUCGACUAGAAUAUCGUGUGAUUAUUUGAACUAUUCAUCGUCUGGUCCGUGUCUAUACCAAGGUAUAUAUAUAUAUAUAUAUAUAUAUAUAUAUAUAUAUAUAUACAAGUCUAAAUUGAAAACAACGUUCAAACCUAUGAUUGCGUUGGAUAAAAACCGUAAUUUUUGUGCAUGCAAAACAAAUUUCUUGGUAGAGGGGUCUAAAUACAGCACAAACAACAUUUUCCAAAAGAUCAAAUGAGCGAAUAUAUAACGUUCAAACCUAUGAUUGCGUUGGAUAAAAACUGCAAUUUUUUUUACGUGUGCAUGUAUAUAUAUAUAUAUAUAUAUAUAUAUAUAUAUAUCACAAACAUUUCUGGUCACUUUAACAUUUUUUGAUGAGUCACAUGAACGAGAAAUAAUCAUCCAACAUAGCUUGUAGGUUGUACUUUUUGUUUUACAGUUAUACAUGCAUUUUUUUCUGUCGAUUGCAUUAAACUUAAGAAGAUGAAAUGCAAUUUCGAACUGUAUAGUAUUUUCGAUUAAAAAUCUUGAGUGUUACAUACAAUUAUGAAGAAAAAAAACAGAAAUAAUGAAAUGUGUAACAGUAGUUUAUACCUUGUAUUUGUUUUAUAGUGUAAAAAGCAAAAUAUUUACAUACAAAUAAAGUCUGAAUUUGAAUCCA